UAAUAUAACCUAAAACAAUGUUUUGUAUUUUUAAAAUGAUUUAAAAGUGUAGAUGCAGGUUUCAUUUUCAAAAAUAGAUUGAAUUGAAGAAUAAUUAGAUUUUUAAUUCAAUAUCAAGAUGUCUUCUCCAUCCCCAAAAUCACCUGAACAAAGUGAUAAAAGCAAAAAAUAUGAUAGACAAUUACGAUUAUGGGGCGACCAUGGGCAAAAGUUUUUAGAGAACUCUAAAAUAUGCCUAAUCAAUGCAACGGCUCUAGGUACCGAAAUUUUGAAAAGUCUGGUUUUACCUGGUAUCGGUUCAUUUACUAUUGUUGAUGGAGAGAAAGUAUCUGAAGAGGACAUUGGAUCCAAUUUCUUCUUAGAAAAUGAUAGUAUAGGAUUGUCUAGGGCACAAGUUGCCACACAGUGUUUACUUGAAUUAAAUCCCGAUGUAAGAGGUGAUUAUAUAGACGAAUCCCCAGAACACGUUAUGUCACAUACUCAGGAUUUUUUUAAUAACUUUACAGUUGUAAUUGCCUCAGCUCUUCCUGAAAAGACACUAAUACCCUUAUCUCGAUAUUUAUGGGACGCCCAAGUUCCAUUACUAGUGUGUCGUAGUAUUGGAUUUUUGGGGUACAUCAGAUUACAAGUAAAAGAACAUACAGUGAUAGAAUCCCAUCCUGAUAGCGAAAACCCCGAUAUACGACUAGAUAAACCAUGGCCUGCAUUGAAGGAAUAUUUGGACAGCAUCAAUGUCGCUACUUUGGACCAAAGAGCGCGUAGUCAAGUUCCGGCCGUUGUUAUUUUGUAUUAUUAUUUAAGCAAAUAUAAGGAAUUCCAUGAAGGAAAUUUGCCAAAGACUAGAGAACAAAAAAACAUCUUGAAGAAAAUGAUCCGGGAUAGCCCUAUUCCGGACGAAAAUGGUUUAAAGAUCUUAGAAGAAAAUUUCGAAGAGGCGAUACAUUUUGUCAACACUUGCAUCCACCCCCAAACAGUCCCAAGUAAUAUACAGGCACUUCUAAAUGAUGACAGUUGCAUUAACCUAACACAAAAUAGUUCUCCCUUUUGGAUUAUGUGUGCCGCAUUAAGAGAACUGGUACAAGCUAAUGGUACAUUACCAGUUAAAGGGAGUUUGCCGGAUAUGGCCGCGGACACGAAUAGUUAUAUUACUUUACAGCAGCUUUAUCAUAAGCAGGCGCAGUCACAGGCGGAAGCAGUCUAUCGAAGAGCUUCACAGAUAGCAAGAAACUUAGGGCUGCCUCAAGACGUGAUUACUGAAAACGAGGUUAAACUGUUUUGUAAGCACGCAAGUGAACUACACGUUGUCAGAGGAAGCUGCAUAGCCGACGAAUACGAACGGACUAGUUUGGACUUAUCUUCUUACCUGGAGGAUCCCGAUAGUCUUAUGUUUUACUACAUCAUACUGCGAGGUCUAGAACGUUUCAUAAGCGAAUUUAAUACGUACCCUGGGCAAUUCGACGACCAAGUCGAACCCGACGUGCUAAAGCUGAAGGGGAUCAUAAGUAAACUGUUAUCGGAAUGGAGCUGCUCUCAUGUUCUAAGAGACGAGAGGGUGCACGAGGUGUGCAGGUAUGGAGGUGCGGAACUACAUUCGGUCUCUGCAAUUCUUGGCGGUUGUGCUGCACACGAGGUUAUCAAAUUAAUCACGCAUCAGUAUAAACCGCUCAAUAAUGCCUUCUUUUAUGAUGCUAUAACGUCUAAUUCCGCAACGUUUUGUCUUUAAGUAAAAUUUGUAUUAAUUAUUGUAUAUUCAUUUGAAAUAAAGAGUAUAAAUUCAA